AUGGAUUUUUUGAGGUUGGCAGAGGAGGAAUCGACGAUGGAGUUGGAGCGGUCGGGGGAGGAGAAGAAGAAGCGCUGGGAGGCGUAUACAGUGGCCAAGUCGGGCUCGACGGAGGAUGAGGUUGAGGAAGCGGAGGAGACCGGCGGUAGCGGCAUUGGGGGUUGGGGGUUAAGCAAUCCGAUCUGGCAAAUUUUCCGGUGA